AUGGGUUGCGGAGGCAGCAAAGAGAAGAAUGCUAGUAAGCCCACAGAGAUGGCGCGUCCGGUACAGCACGACGUAAACACACCUGUGGCCGGUGAGGGCGCAACGGUCAAAGCGCGGCGGUCUCCGGACAACCCGAUAGUAUACUUUGACAUUGUCAUUGGAGGACAGCCGGUCGGACGCGUACAAAUGGAGCUAUUCCUCGAUGUGGUCCCUGCAACGUCGGAGAACUUUAGGCAGUUUUGCACUGGCGAGUGCAAAGUUGGAGGAUAUGUGGGCAGCACUUUCCACCGCGUUAUCCCCAAUUUCAUGAUCCAAGGCGGCGAUUUUAUGAGAGGUGACGGCACUGGUAGUGCCAGCAUCUUCGGCAGCGAAUCAUUCGACGACGAGAACUUCCAACUCAAGCACACCCACCCUGGGCUGCUGAGUAUGGCGAACUCUGGACCUAACAGUAAUGGGUCGCAAUUCUUCAUUUUGACCGCUGCUACACCACACCUCGACGGGAAACAUGUCGUCUUUGGCGAGGUCCUAGACGGCAUGGAUAUAAUCCGGAAGAUUGAAUCGACUCGAACUGGUCCUGGGGAUAAGCCGCUCAGCCCUGUAAUAAUUGCGGGUGCUGGUCAACUUGCAGGCGCAAAGCCAUUGGAAAGCUGA